AUGCAAGACACACGCAGGACACACGCAGGACAAACGCAGGACACACGCAGGACACGCGCAGGGCAUACGCAGGACACGCGCAGGGCAUACACAGGACACCAGCAGGGCAUAUGCAGAAGACACGCUGGAGACACGCAGGACAUACGCAGGACACACGCAGGAGACACGCAGGAGACACAGGGCAUAUGCAGGACACACGCAGGACACACGCAGGAGACACGCAGGAGACACAGGGCAUAUGCAGGACACACGCAGGAGACACGCUGGAGACACGCAGGACAUACGCAGGACAUACGCAGGAGACACGCUGGAGACACGCAGGACAUACGCAGGACAUACGCAGGACACAUGCAGGACACAUGCAGGACACACGCAGGAGACACGCAGGACAAACGCAGGACAUACGCAGGACACACGCAGGAGACACGCAGGACACACGCAGGAGACACGCAGGAGACACGCUGGAGACACGCAGGACACACGCAGGAGACACGCAGGACACACGCAGGACACGCGCAGGGCAUACGCAGGACACGCGCAGGGCAUACACAGGACACCAGCAGGGCAUAUGCAGAAGACACGCUGGAGACACGCAGGACAUACGCAGGACACACGCAGGAGACACGCAGGAGACACAGGGCAUAUGCAGGACACACGCAGGACACACGCAGGAGACACGCAGGAGACACAGGGCAUAUGCAGGACACACGCAGGAGACACGCUGGAGACACGCAGGACAUACGCAGGACAUACGCAGGAGACACGCUGGAGACACGCAGGACAUACGCAGGACAUACGCAGGACACAUGCAGGACACAUGCAGGACACACGCAGGAGACACGCAGGAGACACGCUGGAGACACGCAGGACACACGCAGGAGACACGCAGGACACACGCAGGACACGCGCAGGGCAUACGCAGGACACGCGCAGGGCAUACACAGGACACCAGCAGGGCAUAUGCAGAAGACACGCUGGAGACACGCAGGACAUACGCAGGACACACGCAGGAGACACGCAGGAGACACAGGGCAUAUGCAGGACACACGCAGGACACACGCAGGAGACACGCAGGAGACACAGGGCAUAUGCAGGACACACGCAGGAGACACGCUGGAGACACGCAGGACAUACGCAGGACAUACGCAGGAGACACGCUGGAGACACGCAGGACAUACGCAGGACAUACGCAGGACACAUGCAGGACACAUGCAGGACACACGCAGGAGACACGCAGGACAAACGCAGGACAUACGCAGGACACACGCAGGAGACACGCAGGACACACGCAGGAGACACGCAGGAGACACGCUGGAGACACGCAGGACACACGCAGGAGACACGCAGGACACACGCAGGGCACACGCAGGACACACGCAGGACAAACGCAGGAGACACGCAGGACAUGGACACCCGCAGGACACCCGCAGGACACACGCAGGAGACACGCUGGAGACACACGCAGGAGACACGCAGGAGACACGCAGGACACACGCAGGGCACACGCAGGACACACGCAGGGCACACGCAGGACACACGCAGGACAAACGCAGGAGACACGCAGGACAUGGACACCCGCAGGACACCCGCAGGACACACGCAGGAGACACGCUGGAGACACACGCAGGAGACACGCAGGACACACGCAGGACACACGCAGGAGACAUGCAGGAGACUCGCAGGACACACGCAGGAGACACGCAGGAGACACGCAUGACACAUGCAAGACACACGCAGGACACAUGCAGGACAAACGCAGGAGAAACGCAGGACACGCGCAGGGCAUACGCAGGACACGCGCAGGAGACACGCUGGAGACACGCAGGACAUACGCAGGACACACGCAGGAGACACGCAGGAGACACGCAGGACAUACGCAAGACACACGCAGGAGACACGCAGGAGACACGCAGGAGACACGCAGGGCAUAUGCAGGAGACAAGCAGGAGACACGCUGGAGACACGCAGGACAUACGCAGGACACACGCAGGAGACACGCAGGAGACACGCAGGACAUACGCAGGAGACACGCAGGACAUACGCAGGACACAUGCAGGACACAUGCAGGACACACGCAGGAGACACGCAGGACGUACGCAGGACAUACGCAGGACACACGCAGGAGACACGCAGGAGACACGCAGGACACACGCAGGGCACACGCAGGACACACGCAGGACAAACGCAGGAGACACGCAGGACAUACGCAGGACACACGCAGGACACACGCAGGACACACGCAGGAGACACGCAGGAGACACGCAGGACAUACGCAGGAGACACGCAAGACACACGCAGGACACAAGGAAACUUGUUCUCAUUCCGUACGAACACGUGGAUGAUGGACUGAAAGGAUGA